CAGACAUCGUUGGCUUUUUUUGCAGAACGAGAAAUCGAUUCACUUUUUUUAAAUACAAUCCUGAGAUAUUCUGUUAAAGUCUGCCAUUGUUUUGGACUUGCGGUCCUUUAGAACAUUUAGUAGCUGUUAAAAAGUUUAUUUAUAUAUGGAAAUCUAAUUAAAUCUAACCUGUGGAAAAAAAUCUGACAAAUUUCGUUAAAAUUAUAUGACUUUUUCGUUUUCAGCCUCGUUAUCAGCCGUAUUAAUUUAAGGACCAGUCUACCUAAGUGCAAAACAGAAAGGUGAACACGAGCACCUUUUUAAAAAAUACCAUGAGUGACGACUGGGACGAAACACCAACUUCAGAUGUGGGAGGAUUUGGUUCAGGAGCUGGCGGAUCAAGCAGUUUUGGUAAAAGUUUUAAUAGUGGAGGAGGAUUUGGAUCAAGUAGUGCAGGCGGAUUUGGUGACACCUCUGUAGGUGGUUUUGGAUCUUCAGGUGGUUUUGGUGGCAGCAGUUUUAAUGGAGGUGGUGGUGGAAGGGCUUGUCAUAAAUGUGGAAAAGAAGGGCAUAUGUCAAGGGAGUGUCCUGAUGGUGGGGGUGGUGGAGGAGGUAGGGCAUGUUUCAAAUGUAAACAAGAGGGUCAUAUGUCUAGAGAUUGCCCACAAGGAGGAAGUGGUGGCGGUAGAGCUUGUCAUAAAUGUGGAAAAGAGGGUCAUAUGUCAAGAGAGUGUCCUGAUGGUGGAGGAGGAGGUAGGGCAUGUUUCAAAUGUAAACAAGAGGGUCAUAUGUCAAAAGAUUGUCCUCAAGGUGGUGGAGGUGGUGGUAGUAGGACUUGUCAUAAAUGUGGAAAAGAAGGACAUAUGUCAAGGGAGUGUCCUGAUGGCAGCGGAGGUGGUGGUGGUUUUGGUGAGAAAAGUGGUGGUUUUGGUGGAGGUGGUGGUGGUUUUGGUGAAAAAAGUGGUGGUUUUGGUGGUGGUGGCGGCUUUGGUGCGAGUGGUGGUGGCGGCUUUGGUGCAAGUGGUGGUGGCUUUGGUGCAGGUGGUGGUGGCUUUGGAACAAUUUCAACUGACAGUAAUAGUUUUGAGGGAAAUGGUGGGGGGUUUGGAGAUGAUGCUGCUGGUGGAGGAGGUUUUGGUGCAUCUGAAAAGCGAGAUGAUGGUUGUAGAAUAUGUAAACAGUCCGGACAUUUUGCAAAAGAUUGUCCUGAUAAGAAGCCUAGAGAUGAUACAUGUAGGCGAUGCGGUGAAUCUGGUCAUUUUGCUAAAGACUGUGAAGCUCCUCAAGAUCCUAAUAAACCACAAGCUGUCACUUAUGUACCUCCUGAACCUUCUGAAGAUGAACAGGAUUUAUAUAGAACAAUUGCACAGGGAAUUAAUUUUAAUAAAUAUGACAAUAUUCCUGUUGAAGUUACAGGACCAGGUAUAAUUCCUAGUGCUAUUAGAGAGUUUGCAGAAGCAAACAUUGAUAGAACUAUUUUAGAAAAUGUUGAAAAAGCACACUAUAUAAAGCCCACACCAGUCCAAAAAUAUGCUAUACCGAUAAUUACAGGAAAUCGAGAUCUUAUGUCAUGUGCUCAAACUGGAUCAGGCAAAACAGCUGCUUUUCUAAUCCCUGUGUUGAAUACUUUAAUGCAGUUUCGUUCAGAACUUACUAGUUCUCUCUCAGAAGUGCAAGCUCCACUUGCACUAGUUAUUGCUCCUACACGUGAGUUAGCUGUUCAAAUACAAAAAGAAGCACGGAAAUUUGCACAAAAUACUUCCAUUAAACCUGUUGUUAUAUAUGGUGGUGUGCAAGUUGCUUAUCAUCUUCGUCAAGUUCAGCAAGGUUGCCAUUUGCUUGUUGGUACACCGGGUAGAUUAAAAGAUUUUCUCGGAAAGCGUAAGAUUUCAUUGGCUAAUUUGAAAUAUUUAAUUUUGGAUGAAGCUGAUCGCAUGUUGGACAUGGGGUUUUUGCCAGAAAUUAAAGCUAUCAUAAAUGAUUUUGAUAUGCCUCCAAAAGAGGAUAGACACACUUUAAUGUUUAGUGCAACCUUUCCCACAGAAAUACAAAAUUUAGCAGCUGAGUUUCUUAAUAAUUAUGUUUAUUUAACAAUUGGGAAAGUUGGUGGAACUCAUUCUGAUAUUACUCAAUGUAUUAUGGAAGUUGAAGAAUCUGCAAAAAGAGAUAAAUUAAUUGAAAUCUUAGAUACUGAAGGAACAAAUCGCAAUUUGGUUUUCGUGCAAACUAAACGUUUAGCAGAUUUCUUAGCUAGUUAUCUUUGCCAAAAUGGAUUCCACACUACAAGCAUUCAUGGUGAUCGUUUGCAACAACAGCGUGAAGAAGCUUUGGCAGAGUUUAAAGCUGGUACACAACAUGUCUUGAUUGCAACUGCAGUGGCAGCGCGCGGAUUAGAUAUAGCUGAUGUUAAGCAAGUGAUUAAUUACGAUCUUCCCGAUGAAAUUGAAGAAUACAUUCAUAGAAUCGGACGAACAGGUCGUAUUGGUAAUAAAGGAAAAGCUAUAUCUUUUUUUACUCGUGGAAAAGAUGAAGGCUUAGCAAGAGCACUAGUCAAAACUCUAGCAGACGCGGAACAAGAAGUUCCCAGCUGGCUGGAAGAAGCUGCUGAAAGCGCUUUAGGUACCGGUUAUGGUCCGAAAGGCGGAAGGUUUGCGUCGAAAGACUCGAGAUUUAACAACGCCGAACUAAAUGGUGGCUCAUACAACGCUGCUGAUUCAAAUGACGGUUGGCAAAAAAAUAAUGAUAACGGUGGUGGUGGUGGUGAUGAUGCAUGGGAAUAAUGUAAUUAUGGUGUAGUCCAAGUAUUCUCGACCAGCCGCUAUCAAAAAGUAGUGCGACAACAGUCUUACUUUUUAUAGAAAAGUUAUUCUUAAUUGCGUUUUUAGACCAAUAAGAUAUUAGGUGUUUCCCAGCUGAUGCUUUUUUUCGAUCACCUAAAUAAUCGCAUGAUUCUUACGGAAUAAAAGAUAUUUUAAAAAACCAGGUGUUUAAAAAACACCGUGUUGCGUUUAUUUUUUUAAAGAGACUUGUAAAGUUUUUUAAAAAAAAUUAUUUGAUAUUGUA